AUGUCCGACGCAACUGCCAACGCAAACUCGAGCGCCAGCAUCCCCAUCUAUGUGACGGGCAACGUCAACUCCGAAUACAGCUUCAAUGGCCAGCUGACGGCCCCAAACCUUCAACCCCUGCCGCAGCACAAUGACUCGGAUCCGUACGGAGGUACUACCGAGAACCCCCACUGGUUCUGGGACAAGACGCUCGAUUCAAACGACAUUGUUUGCGGCACGAGCAACUGGACCAUUCGGCAGGUAUGCUGCCCUCGCUCAAUCGGCAUUCCAAACGGCGACCCCAACGCUGGCGCCAACUGCCGCCUGCACGCUACGCAGGAGAAUAGUCAGUGGUGGAUGAACUGCACACACGAGAUUGCCCAGGCCAAUGGCGGAGGAGACGUGGCGAGUGCGUGCUGGCCGCUAGAGAAGUACAUGGAGUCGGCUGCCGACGCCAAGUAUGCCGACUUGAACUUUGGCCAGGAGAAGGUGGAGCGGUGCACCAGCUUGGCGCAGGCGAGCUCGAAGAACAACUACACCAUGGGCAACAACUAUACCGACAUUUGCUGCGAGCAAGUCAUGGGACACCCUAGCGCCUACUUUUCCGACGUCGAGCUUGGCGACAGCACCAUGGAGACGAACAGGAGCGCAUACAUGGCCAUGGACUGCAACCUCAAGGACAAGAAGGACUGGACCGCGUUUAUGAAGUGCAUGGACCAGUAUACUUGGGCCGUAUGCCGCGAGGUCGGCGGUGCGAAUACCGCUGGCGUCAGUGCCCUUGUUGUCGCCGCUGCGGCGCUUGCCCUGUUGGUGUAG